UUGAGUAAUUUCGGUUGAAGUUCAUCAGGGCAGCCUCGAAGGGAGAUGAAAAACGAAACAAGGAGUCGUGGAAGCUGAGUCUAUGCGCUGCGUGGAACAAAGAUGACACGCCAAUGUCCGAUAUGCUCUGCCUUUCACCGCAACAAUAACAAUACCACCUUCUCUUUCAUGGAGGAUGUUCUUCAUCUUCAUCUUCAUCAAUCCUCUUCUUCUUAGUCUCCUCUUGGUUGAUUUCCAACAUCUCCCUCCUUCCCUCCUCAAUUCACAGGUUUUUCUUCCAUUUCCUGUUGAUGGCCGACGUUGCUAAGGUGUUGUAUGUUGUGAUUCUUGAUUAUGAAGAACAAUUAAAGAAGGAGAAGGAGUCUUUUCGCUAUACUCGUCCUGUUUUGCAAAGCACUCUCCAGCUUAUGGGAUGUAAGGCACGACACGCUUUCAAGAUAAGCCAAAGGGCUUUUGAAUUGUUGCGGAAACGUCACGACUUGCUUCCUGAAGGGUUGGGAACAAAAUCAUCUGAAAAAGAAUGCAUCAAAAGUUGGGAUGUACGCUUUGCUGAACCGGAGGUUUGGAAUCAUUUAAAUUCCUCCAAAGAUGGUGGUAAUAAAAACAUUCCGUUUGAAAUGUAUAAAAGGCGCACGACUCUCUCUGUAAAAAGAGCAACCUUCUUAGAUGUUGUAUGCAAAGCCCUGGCGGAGUACAAGUACGUGAGUCCCAACCAGAGGGCUGACUUGAUUUUAGCGUGCAGAAUCCGAGAAAGGAAGGAAUCUGUGACUGUACUAUUAUGUGGUACUAGUGGCUGUGGCAAAUCUACUUUGUCUGCACUGCUGGGUAGCAGGUUAGGAAUUACAACAGUAAUAUCAACUGACUCAAUUCGGCAUAUGAUGAGGAGUUUUGCAGAUGAGAAACAAAAUCCUCUGCUUUGGGCUUCAACUUAUCAUGCUGGGGAGUGUUUGGAUCCAGUAGCUGUUGCUGAAGCUAAGUUGAAAAAAAAAGCAAAAAAGUUAGCAGGCAAUCCUCAUUCACAUUUAAAGGAUGAAGUACCGGAGAGUUCUUCCAUUGGAAAAUUUGAUGGCCAACCAUCAGAUCGUUCCACUGAGCUCCUCAGUGAAAAGCAGAUGGCUGUUGAAGGAUACAAGGCACAGAGUGAGAUGGUGAUUGACAGUCUCGAUAGGCUGAUUACUGCAUGGGAAGAGCGGAAAGAAUCAGUGGUUGUUGAGGGUGUUCACUUAAGCCUAAAUUUUGUGAUGGGGCUUAUGAAGAAACAUCCAUCAAUUGUACCAUUCAUGAUUUACAUCACCAAUGAAGACAAGCACUUGGAAAGAUUUGCAGUGAGAGCAAAAUACAUGACACUUGACCCAGCUAAGAACAAAUAUGUGAAGUAUAUACGAAAUAUUAGGACAAUACAAGAAUAUUUAUGCAAGAGGGCUGAUAAGCAUCUUAUCCCUAAAAUUAACAAUACCAAUGUUGAUAAGAGUGUAGCUGCCAUCCAUGCGACAGUAUUUAGCUGCCUUCGCAGGCGCGAAGUAGGUGAACAGCUAUAUGAUCCUGUACGAAAUACUGUUCCUGUUAUUGAUGAGGAAUACAGGAAUCAGUGUGCGGCUAACUCUUUGAGCUCUAAGUGCAUGUUUCAACUCAUCCAGAGGAAAGGUUCCUCUAGGAAUCUGAUGGCUUUGGUUAAUACUGAUGGAUCUGUGGCAAAAGCAUGGCCUGUCGAUCCAAUUGAUUAUACAAGUGGGAGGCCUUUAUUAGGCCCGAGGGCUGAGAAUGGAUUGGGGAUUCCAAUGUAUGGUCCAUUGCAGAUUGAUAAAGCUGAACCUGUUAAUCUGCAAUUUGGAUUUUACGGCAUCAGUGCUUGGCCUACUGAUGGUGGGACUAGCCGUGCAGGGAGUGUUGAUGAAUCCAAGGCAGAUGGUACUGAUACUAGCAAAUACCUUUCUUCUUGCUGCAGCUCUCCAAGGUUUUCCGAUGGACCUUCCAAGGAGCUCAAGGAAGAUAUCUCAGUCCAUGGUAGUGAUGAAGAGGUUGAUGAUCCUCAAGAGCUUGGAAGCGAUGAAGACUUGAGUGAAGAUGGUGACAAACAGAUUCACGAAGAGGUAGGCUCAGUUGAUGAAGAGUCAACAAAAUCAGAUGAAGAAUAUGAUGAUCUAGCAAUGCUCGACGUGCAUCAUGGUUACUGGUCUGAAGAUGACCUAGAGUAUAUGGAAAAGGUUGGUUCAGUUUAUAAGGGUGGUCAAACGAGUGCUAGAGCAAUCGAUAGGUAUCGCCAGAACGUAGACCUCUUCUUACGCUCUAAAAGUGAGUCAUCCAAGUCGCUCUGCUCUUAUACAUCUCUUCUGAAGGAAAAAGAACGAAAUAUACGAACUUCUGGUUCUAUGAAAAUGAAGAAACGUUCCCUUAGUAUUCCAGCUAUGAGAAAGCAUAGUUCAGCUGUUGACGGUCCUAUUCUAUCUGGAGCUUCUCAGGGGUAGCUCAAGAAUUUUGCAUAGUUUUAGAUUUUUUCUUUCUUGAUCUCUUGAUGGUCUCUUUUACUGGAAUUAGCUUCAGACUACACUCCCCCCUCCCGGUUAAAAAAAUUGUAUGUACAGAGUGGUGUUCGGUUGUGUUGCAGCGGUCUGUAUUAUAUAAAUACAAAUAUCCCACUAACUUGUAGAUUACAAAUCAAUGUAGAGGGCAAUUGAUUGUUCUCGUCUUUUAAA